CUUUUAAUUAAUAGCCAUUUGCCUGCUCUAAUCUGCAACCUGAAAGAAAAGCCAUGGAACCAAAAACAACAUGGCUUGGCAGCUCUCUUCUGGUGCCUUGCGUUAAGGAGCUUGUGGCUCAGCAACCCACCACCGUUCCACAUCGAUAUGUGCGUCCUGAGCUAGACCUUCUCUCAAUAUCAUCAUCAUCAGAUGCCGCUUCCAAGUUCCAAGUCCCUGUUAUAGACAUGCACAGAUUGUAUUCCAAGGAGUCCAUGGAUUCAGAGCUGGAGAAGUUGCACCAUGCAUGCAAAGACUGGGGAUUUUUCCAGCUGAUAAAUCAUGGGGUGAGCAGUUUUCUGGUGAAGAAAAUGAAGAAGGAGAUUCAAGAGUUUUUCAAUCUCCCAAUGGAAGAGAAGAAAAAGUAUUGGCAACAAGAAGGGGACAUGGAGGGAUUUGGUCAGGCGUUUGUGGUGUCUGAGGAGCAAAAACUGGAUUGGGGAGACAUGUUCUACAUGCUCACUCUUCCUGCUCGCUUGAGGAAACCCCAUCUACUGCCAAAGCUUCCUCUUCCAUUCAGAGAUACCGUAGAAGCUUACUCAUCAGAACUAGAAAAACUUGCCACGAAAAUCCUUGGCCUUAUUGCUAAAGUUUUAAGAAUAGAUCCCAAUUAUGUGAAGGAUUUAUUUGAAGGAGGGUUUCAAGCAAUGAGAAUGAACUACUAUCCUCCAUGUCCACAGCCAGACCUCGUCAUUGGCCUCAGUGCCCAUUCAGAUGCUGUAGCUCUCACUAUUCUCCUCCAGGUCAAUGAAAUGGAAGGCCUACAGAUAAAGAAAGAUGGCAACUGGGUUCCUAUCAAGCCUCUUCCAAAUGCCUUUAUAAUCAAUAUUGGAGACAUUUUAGAGAUUCUGACAAAUGGAAUUUAUCGAAGCAUUGAGCAUCGUGCUACAGUUAAUUCAGAUAAAGAGAGGCUCUCAAUUGCAACAUUUUACAACCCAAGAUUGGAUGGGGAAAUGGGACCAGCCCCAAGCCUCAUAACUCCAGAGACUCCCCCAAUGUUUAGAAGCAUAGGGGUUGAGGAAUACUUCAAGAGAUUGUUUUCUCGCAAACUUGAUGGAAAAUGGUAUAUAGAUGACAUGAGGAUUCAGAAUAAGGAACCCUAAAGCAGCUGAGCCAGUCCUACACAACACAUUACGGAAGUGAAAAUUAGUACCCCAAUGAAAUCAAUGCCGCAUAUGUAAAAGCUAUAAAUUGUGACUCCAAUUAUACGUAGCACAUACCAUGCAUUCUUAUGAAUAGUCUGUUAAUUAGCACAUCCACAUAAAUGAAAUGGGUUUUGGUGGUAAAAUUAAA